AUGCGUGAUAUCAUGUGUAAAAGUAAUUUGACACGUUCGUUGAAUGCCAUGCGAAGGCUGUUUCCGGAUGAAUAUGAUUUCUAUCCAAAAACGUGGUUUCUGCCUGAACAAACUGAACAAUUUCAAAACGAUGCUCGCUCAAUACAUAAAAAGGAUCAAAGUCGACGACGACCUUUAACAACUUUCAUCGUCAAGCCAUCGGAUGGCUCAGAAGGUGAAGGUAUCUUUUUAAUUCAAGAUUCAACUCGCUGUACGAUGGUUAAUCGACCGUACAUCAUUCAAGAAUACGUUGAUCGACCAUUACUAAUCAAUGGUCUUAAAUUUGACAUGAGAAUCUAUGUACUGAUUCUAAAAUUGGAUCCAUUGGAAGUUCUACUCUAUGAUGAAGGUCUAGCACGCUUCGCUACUGUCGAAUAUCAAGCUCCGUCGAAGAAAAAUCUUCAUGAAUCAUUCAUGCAUUUAACCAAUUAUUCAUUGAACAAGCGCAGUGCCAAUUACAAACAUGCCUCGGAUGAGAAACAAACUGAUGCUAGCAAGCGAAAAUUGAAUGUUGUUUGGUCACAACUAGGUCAACUAUUCAGUCCAAGCGAAAUUGAACAAACCAAAGAAAUGAUCGAAGACAUGAUCAAUAAGACUGUCUUAGCCAUCUUACCAGAACUUCGUAUUCAAUAUACCUUGGAGUUACCAAUGACUCGCAAACAGAAUCAAUGCUUUCAGAUUAUUGGUUUCGAUAUUAUUCUCACUGAUCAACUAAAACCAAUGUUGCUUGAAGUCAAUGCAAAUCCUUCGCUAUGCAUCGAUUUCGAUCAUGUCAAUGAAGCUGGCAAAUAUGUCCACGAGUUAAGUCCCAUCGAUGAAGAAAUCAAGAAGCCACUCGUCUUAGAAACAUUGAAACUCGUGAUACGACGCCGUAAUCAGUCUAGAUCGAAUGCUCGGGGAUAUAAAGCUAUGAGUAAUCGACCAUUUCGUAAUUUCGCAAGCAUUUGUGGCAUUAUCGACGAAUCAAUUACUAUGCCAAGUAUUGAUUUGCUCUACAUUCAAAUCUUUAACAAAUGCAAAGAAUACGCCUCGCAAUCUCCUGCAACUGGACUAAACUUUUCGGCAUUUGUUGAAGCCUUUUUUCUAGUUGCUCAACGUAAAUAUCCGACUUCUUCGAGUCUUCUUGAGAUUGUCACUGAGUUGGUUGAGUCAUGUAUUCAUCACUUGGAUCUUGUUGUCGACGAAUCUCUCUAA